GAUUCAACUAUGGACACAUAUGGCCCAAAGCGGCUAGUUGACUUUGUUUUUGGUGAUGGAUGAUCUAAGUGACCCGGUGUAUGAAAGUACGCCAAAGAACUAUAGGAAACGGAGUACCAGAAAAACAAAUUUUGCAACACCCCAUGUUCCAUUAGCUGGGGGUGGUAUUAAAAAAGCAAGAGUAGCCAUAGAACAAUUAAACUUUUCAAAUCAAGCAGCUCCUCUCGAUGAACAAUCAGUUGUAAACACAAAUGUCAGUUCAUCUCGCCGCUCUGUAAAUAAACAACUUGCUCAACCUCGACGAGUUACUUCAACUGCAAAUAAAUCUCGUCAAAACAACUGGAUGUAUGUGAAUCGUAAAGAAACAUCUAAAUCGAAUAGUCGUCGUGUUUCACCUGUUAGAAACCGUCUGUCUCAGAGCUCCGGUCGAAAUUUAAAGUUGGUUCAAAAACAACAAUCCAGUCGAACAACAGGAACUGCUCAAAAUGACAAGCAAAUUAGGCCGAAGAAAAGAGCCGCUCAAUAUUCAGUAGCUUUAAAAGAAAUAAGAGCUUUCCAGCGUAGCACAAAUCUUCUUUUAAGAAAGUUACCAUUUGCACGUUUAGUACGUUCUAUCACUGUUCGUACACUUGGUCCGAGUUAUUUAUCAUUUCAUUGGCAAGCUAUUUGUUUUUUGGCAUUACAAGAAGCUGCUGAGGCAUUUAUUGUUCAUUUAUUCGAAUGCGCACAACGAUGCGCAAUACAUGCAAAACGUAUAACAGUUAUGAGCAAGGAUAUACAAUUAGUGACACAUUUACAAAAUAUACCAACUUCAUCACAAUUUACACAUUAUCAUCAUACUAUACAAAGUCAACAAUUACAAUUGGCACAUUUGAAAUCAAUAAAAAGUAAACAUUCUUCACAACGUCGCCGAAAAAAUCAUUCUCAAGAAUCAGAUGUUGAUGAAGAUGAUACCGAUGAUACUUCAUAGCUGAAUCUUUUUUUUAUUUUUCUUCGAAUUUGUUUUAUUUAUCUACAUAUAUAUAUAUAUAUAUAUAUAUAUAUAUAUAUAUAUCCUUGUCAUUUUAUGAUAUGUUUUUGUAUAUCUGUACCUGUGCAGAUCAUGAUGUACAUACUGUCUUCAUUGUUGAUAUCUUUCUCAUGAUAAUGGUUGGUAAUGGUAAGUCAACCAGAAGUAGCCAAAUGGAAAAGGUCAAUCGAUGGCAAUCAGAAUUGACCUGAAUGAGAAGUACAUAUAAUUGACUAAGAAUUUUAUUAAAUUCCAAAGCGGUAGAGUUGUACAUAUAUAAGGGAGUAUUUGUGUAUUUUAUUCCGUAGCCCAAUAUACUUUCUCGUUCA